CCGAAGAGAGUGAAAUUAAGUACUUCAUCCGGAUGGCAGAAUAUGUGUUAGAUGAGAAAGUUCUACCGGUAAUCAUUUCCAUUCGUAAUGGAGGACUGAAUGAAGACGUAUUAAUUAGUGCUAAUAUUUUAUUACUCCCGAUUAUUCGAUUGAAGAAAAGCAGUCCAGACGUUACUGUUCUGACACUUGAAAAUGGCUCCAUUGAAGAGGCAACUGAGCAUAUGACAAACUUAAAGACACCUUGGACUGUCAGAAAAUCUGAAACUCUCAUUACAAUCAAGAAUGCAGAAACAACAGAAGAAAUUACUGCUAUCAAUGAGGUGCAAAGCAAUUUGGAUUUUGAAGCUCUAAUAUGUCAUUUGGUUAUCGGAGUCACAAUUUCAAACAGACAAAAAGUAUACGCGACAGACAAAGAAAUGUGUGUAAACGUAUUAUCGAUGUACCUUUUGAAGAUUGAAAAAUGGCGCAUUCCCGAAGACGCCUUUAAGCUGGAAUUUGAUCAUCGAUCUAUUGAAUACAUUUAUGAACAGGAUUUGACAACUGCAUUUGCCAGUGGAUUACAAGCUGAUUUGGAAGCAUUGUCCCGGUUACCUUAUCUGCCAACAGAUUUGAAGGAAAAAGAUAUCAAGCGGGCAGUCUCAAAUUCUGAUGUCAUUGGACUCAUAUAUCUAGCAUUACUGCGGAAAAAAAUUUAUUCUGGUGCAACUCAGCUUAUAGAUACAGGAUUUGUUUGCAUUCGUCACAUAUUAGUUGGAUGUAAAAUUCUACAAGAUGUUAGUGACGACAAGAAGAAUGAACAAAUACAGAGGGAGACAUCACAGAGAUUUAAAUUAUAUUUCACUGAGCGAGCAACCCUGAUUACAGGAUUUAUUUAUGAGGCAACUUCAAACAACGAGUCAGUUGAAAAUGAGCUCGGUGAAUCAGUAAAUCAUGCUGGUCGUCUUUUGGUAAACCAUGGGUACUUAGAAGAUGCAAUUAAGACGAAGAACAAGGCUUUUCUUGACAACAAAACCGUCACAGAUAUUCUGAAUAAAAUGUGGUACGGAGAGGAGACAUCCGUGUUUCGUAAGGUUGGGUUAUUUAUCCUGUUAGCCCUUAUACACCCAUUUGUAAUGCCGAUUUUGAUGAUCAACAUAACAGCUCCUCCUCUGAAAUGGUUAUACCAGAAAUACAAUCUUCCUUUUAUGAAAGCCUUCAUUCAGAUGCUUGGAUAUUUGACAUUCCUGCUGGUAUAUUCAUACAUGUUGCUGUUCAAAUUUCAAGAAAUUUAUUACACCCACUACGCACUAAUUGGAUGGAUGAGCAGUCUUGGAUUCAAUGAAUUAAAGCAGGCAAUUGUUUCAGCUAGGAGAAAAAGAUUUAGACGAUAUAUAUGUAAUGUAUGGAAUCUCCUAGAUUGGGCAGUGAUGAUUGUGUACGCAUGGGGAAUGGUUUUACUAUUUGAAAAUCCAAUCCCGUCCAGAAUAUUAUUGGUCUUAACAUUCAUUCUACUCAGCAUUCGUAUAUUAAACAUGUUUAGUUUAUCUGAGUAUCUUGGACCGAAACUUGUUAUAAUUCAAAAAAUGUUCAAGGACACGUUUGCCUUUCUGAUUAUCUUAUCUGUAAUCAUGAUGAGUUACAAUGUCUCAUUUCAUUCCUUGAACAAUCAACAUUCUGAAUUUGGUUGGACUGAGAUAGAGAGAGUAAUGCAACAUGGGUUUUGGAUGCUUCUUGAGCCAAAACAAGACGACGAACCUCAGUGUACUAAUGAUCCUGUGGAAUAUAUGGGCUACAAUGAUACUAUAAUGUACAUUCAUGAUACAUGUCCUACUGUUGGACAACGCAUUGCACCGUAUGUGAAAGCUCUCUAUGGAUUGAUUGCAGUGGUUUUACUAUUGAAUCUGCUCAUAGCAAUCUACAGUGAUACAUAUCAAAAAGUGAAUUAUGCAUGUAAGUUUCAUUGGUCACAGCUUACGACCGAUUUCCUUGAAGAGUAUAGCUUAGAGACAAUUUUCCCGAUACAUUUACAGCUUCUAGUGCUACCUUUUGGUCUUGCCCACUUCAUUAUUUGGUGUGUCAAAUAUUGCUACAUGUACUCCAACAAAAGAGAUACAAGUAUGAAUAAGAUUCAACAAGGAGUUCACAAUGACCGUUCUGAUUCUUACGAGAGUGAAAGGAAACAGUUGAAGAAAAAUACAAUAUUUGUACGAGUAUUUUUGUACAACGCAGACUAUGAUCUGAAACUUAAAUCAACAGAAGAAGCAGAAAGAAAUGCAGCUGCUAGGUCAAAAGGGAAAAUUGAGAUAACAGAAGAAGAUAAAUUGACGAAACUUCAAAACCAAAUGGACGUUAUGAACAGAGAACUGAAGGAUCAGCAGAAAAGAAGUGACGAGGUAACAGGAAGAAUGCGUUAG